UUAAAGUUAUAUAGGUAAAACAUACAUAUUAUAAAAGAUUCUAAAAAUUAACAUAUACACUUUAUUGGGUGCUUGAAAAUGGAGCGAUGGAAAAAAACUCCUCUCAAACUAUACAUACAAGAUAUAUUUCGCGCCAAACAGUCACAGAAUAACAAGUAUGUUUACGAAAUGUUUGGGAUUAAGUUCAAAAAUGUUUUGUUACACGGCGUUGUAACAGCACUGUAUAAUACUUCGGAGCGCUGGACCAACUUUGAGUUGAGUGAUCCAACAGGAACUGUACAAGUGUAUUAUAAUUUCACAAAAAGCAAUAAACAUGUAAAUCCUGAAUGUAUGAAAGAUAUCAUUCAUAGCUUAGCCAAAGUAUCAAACUCCGUUGAAAAAGAUUUAAAAACAAUGUCUUUUAUGUUAGAGAGGAUAGAAAAGAGGAAUGCAAAUAUAAAUUUUAGAGAAGGCGACUAUGUAAGUGUACUGGGUGAUAUAUUUGUAGACGAUUUGAGAGAUUCUAGAAUGAUAUCUGGGUUUGACUGUAAUAAAAGCAGUAUUGAGAGAGAUAUCCUGUGGAUGGAAGAAAUGAGGUUUAUUUAUGAUAAAAGUUAUAUAAAGUAAUUAUUUAUUCUAUUUAAUAAACUACUGAUACCAAAUAAAGUGCUGUG